UGAUGAAGACACUCCUGCUGUGUGUCACGCUCUCAGUUCUCAUUCCAUCUAUGAGGACAGAGCCCUUUUUCAGAGAGUAUCACCACGUGAAGGCCCUGAAGACGUGGGAAGAAGCCCAGCAGGCCUGCAGAGAGCUGUACUCCGAUCUCGCCACGGUGGACAGUCCGGCGGAGAGCACCAGGCUGCUGGGAGCGAUCCAGGAGCCCGGAGAACUGGUGUGGAUCGGGCUUUAUGACAACAUGACCAAGUGGAAGUGGACGAUGGGACGACCGGACUUUGACAGCAACACUGACUACCACUGCUGGCAGGACGAUAAUCCUAAAUAUAAAGUUCUCAAUGACACCUGUGGGACCAUGAGGUACAAUGGACUUUGGCGUGACGAAAUCUGCAACACAGAGCGCCCUUUCGUCUGCUACAACGAACAAGGUCCCUCCAAGUUCAUUUUUGUGAGUACACUCAUGACUUGGGACGAUGCCAAAAACCACUGCAGGUCUCUCUACACCGACCUCGCCAGAGUGAACAACGAGACUGAGAACACAGAAAUCUACGCUCUGCUGCCACGCAACGCCUGGAUCGGCCUCUACAGACGACCCUGGUCUCCCUGGUCUGACCACACCCCCACUAACUUCGCAAACUGGGACGCCAGCCAGCUGGGCGGCUUGGAUCCCACCCCCUUAUCAUGUGGCGCUGUCAACACCACCACAGGACUGUGGUUUAACGUCAACUGUGAGGAGAAGCACAACUUCAUCUGUCAGAAUUUGAUUCCACCUCGAAGCAGAGUGAAGCUGAGGUUCCGGUCCGGAGCCGACCUGACUGACCCACAGAUUCAACUGCAGAUCUUAGAGCAGCUCCAAGCAGAGCUGCAGACCAACAGUUUAACGGACUUCCGACUCCGCUGGAUUACAAGAGACGGUCAGGUCUUUCACAAGGAGAAGGGAGAAGGAAAAUGAGCUGGAGAACAGCGGACAUCGAUGAGGUCCUGAAGAACCUGCAGAGUCUUCUUCAGCUGAAUGAGGAGUCGCUCUGUUUGAAUGUCGACUUUCCUUGUAGCGAUAAUUCAGGACAUUAAGGAGUGGAAGCAGUCUGUGUUUUAUAUUAGCAUGCUGCCUAUUUAAAACCACUCCGUCAGUUUAACUGGGACUGUCUUAAUGCAUCCAUAGUGUAUGAAGAUCUAGUAGAAAUUCAACCUGAAUGGCAUGUUUAUGAUUUUCUGUUUUAUUAAGAAGAAAAUCUGUCAUUUUAGAGGAAAAAACACUGUUUAUUGUAAACAAUUAUAUGUGGGGAAACUCAUAAAAAAAUGUGAUUCUAUUUACCUGAGAAUGUGUCACAAAAAAUAAAAAGCUCCCAGCAUGAUCAGAUUUCCUCUUUUUGACCCUAAAUAGAUGAAAGGAAACUGUCCAAUGAUGUUUGACCUUUUAGAUCACAUGAUCUCCAACUCCUCUCUGCAUUUGGAUGCUCUCUUCUGAACAC